GGGAUGGCAUCGACUUCGGAUAUGGCGUCCACUGCAGUAAGCAGUUUGGGCCUUGUUUUGAUUGCGAGCUGUAGCUUCCCUGCACUGCUGCAGAUAGCUUGCAGAUUUAUGCACAGCAAAACGACAACCCCGUCUCUAUCACAAAUAUAUGCUGUCGACAAACCUAGCUAUGAGGAUGAGGAUGGGGAGGUUACCGACGGAGCUUUGGAAGAAUUCUCAGACCUCUGGCAGGGAUUCACCAUAGCGGUUCUGUCAGUCAUUGGGCUGGGAAUAUCUUUGGCACAGGCUAUUCUGUCAAUGACAACGGGUGAACACGACUGUGUUAUUUCCUUCUGGCUGCAGAUGGGAAGUUGGGGAAUGCUGUGUCUACAGACUGUUAGCUUCUUCGUUGAACCAACACCUACGAAGCGAUACAUCCUAGGAAUAUAUGGGUUUGGGACCAGCACUAUCGCCGCAAUCAUCCCCUGCUUGGAGGCUGCCUUAGCGUGGCACAUUGGAUACAACCUUAGAUAUGUGUCGAUAGGUUUAACAAUAGGCCAAUCCGCGACCGCCUGCCUCCGGGCCGCGUUUUGCAUUCUCAUUCCCCGGCGGCCGGAUGUGUACUACGAUGGCAAGGUGGUCGACCGAGAACGUACCGUGAGUGUUUUGAAACGGGUCACCUUCAGCUGGGUCAAUGAUCUAUUGAACUAUGCCGUGGCGAAUAAGGGCCUGAACAUCGAUGACCUCCCGAGAUUACCGUUCGCUGCCCGUUCGCAAACACUUCAUGCACGUCUAGAGCAGACACGAGGUUCACGAGAACUGUGGAAAUCACUUGUGCUGGCCCACAAAAACUCACUUAUAAUCCAGGCAUCGCUCAGUAUCAUUGCGUGCGCCCUGAACUUUGGCCCGCAAGUAGCCAUGUACGGGAUAUUGAAAUCGCUCGAGAGCCGCUCUUUCACUACCGAUGAGGUGGACCAAGCGUGGGUCUGGGUGUGCGGACUAGCAAUAGUACUGAUUUUGGCUUCCAGCAUCGAAUCGUGGCUUUGGUGGAUCAUCUAUGCAAAGCUCUGGAUUCCGAUUUAUGAGGGACUUUCGGCACUCGUGUUUGCCAAAUCGAUGCGCUGCAAAGAUAUAAAACAGAUGGUAUCGUCUGACGAGCCCGAAGAAGAGGAUGGCUGUGAGGAGGCAGAUGAGAACCAAGGGAGCAGUCAAAGUACUAUUAAUCUCGCCUCGGUGGACUCGAAACGUAUUGCGGAUUUCGUCAUGUUCAACUAUCUGAUCCCCUCAUGUGUGAUUCGACUGCUCAUAGGAGCUGCCUUCCUAGUCCAUCUCAUCGGAUGGCCGAGCCUGCUGGCAGGUGUCACCACAGCCCUUUUAGUGACUCCUAUAAACGCCUAUUUGACCAAGAACUACUCUGCAGCACAGGAGGAUUACAUGAAGGCAAGCGACAAACGAAUGGGGGCUAUAGCAGAAGUUCUACAGGGCAUCCGCCAAAUCAAGUUUGCAGCGUUGGAACAGCAGUGGCAGGACCGCAUUGCGGAGAAGCGCCGCAUUGAACUAGGACUCCUGUGGAAGACAUCAUUAUACACUAUUGGUAUGGUUUCGGUGUGGAUCAUGGGCCCUCUGAUGUUGUCCGCUGUCUCCCUGACGGUAUAUGCGUUGACCCACGGGGAGCUGUCUGCCUCUGUGGCAUUUACAGCCCUUUCAGUAUUUGGCUCUCUGGAAUCAGCAAUGGCGAGCUUGCCCGACUUGCUGUCUAAAGGGAUGGAGGCCAAAAUCAGCGCCGAUCGUAUUGACCGGUACUUGAAUUCGGCUGAAAAGGCGCCUCAUACGUCCGAUGUUGACGGGAUCUCCUUUCACAAUGCCACAAUUGCAUGGCCAGGAGAUGAGCAUGAAGAGACCGGGAAGAGACAGGACACCGACCAGCGCUUCAUUCUCCGGGAUCUUACCUUGAAGUUUCCUCCCAAGAAGCUGAGCAUUAUUUCCGGAAAGACUGGGUCGGGAAAAAGCCUCCUCUUGGCCUCUAUCCUAGGGGAAAGUGAUAUCUUGGCUGGGACCGUGGCAAUUCCACAUGCUCCUUCCGCAGCUGUACGAUACGAUGAGAGAGCCACACGCCACAAUUGGAUCAUUGAUUCAGCUGUGGCGUAUGUCGCUCAAAACCCCUGGCUGGAGAACGCCACCAUCAAGGACAAUAUCGUUUUUGGUCUUCCGUAUGACCGGUAUCGGUACCGCAAGGUGCUUUUUGCGGCGGGUUUGAGAAAAGACAUCGCAAUGUUGCCAGAUGCCGAUCUGACUGAUAUUGGUGCAAACGGGAUCAAUCUGAGCGGUGGUCAACGGUGGCGCAUCUCCUUUGCACGCGCUCUUUACUCCCGGGCUGGAAUUCUGGUCAUGGACGAUAUAUUCAGCGCACUUGACGCUGAAACGGGACGUCACGUCUAUGAGAACGCUCUGACCGGAAAGCUCGGCCAAAAUAGGACCAGGAUCCUGGUCACACAUCAUCUUGGAUUGUGUCUGUCUCGCACCGACUACUGUGUCCUCCUUUCAGAUGGACUCAUGAUGCAUGCCGGAACAGUAGAUGAAUUAGCGGGCGUUCACAACCUGGUAGACCUGUUAGGGCAGACUGCCGUUCCAACAGAGGCUCAUAAGCGGGAUAUGGUAGAGGAGGAUCCAACAACCCCGAUGAAGCGUGUUUCUACUGGAUCCGGUUUCUCAGUAGCAAGUGUCACCGAGCCACCAAGGAAAUUUACUGAAGAGGAGAGACGUGAGAAGGGGGCCGUGUCCUUGAAAGUAUAUGCGACAUAUGUGACCAAAGGAAAGUGCCUACGCUUGUGGGUGUUAACCUUUCUCGCCUAUACCGCAUUUAUGGCGCUUUUAGUUGGCCGAUCUUGGUGGGUAAGCGUAUGGACAGGCUCGUCCAAUUCUUCAUCUCAGCCGACAGAAUCGGAAACGAUCCCAAAGCACUCAAUGAAGCAAAUUAGCAUUAAUGUUGUCGACAAGGAUUUGAUGUUCUAUCUCAGCAUCUAUGUGUGCUUUUCGGUAGCUGCAUGUGUGGUAGGGACGUUAAGGACCCUCGUUCUUGCCCUCGCUUCUGUCGAAUCUUCACGACAGCUAUUCAAUGACUUAUUGAUCGCCGUGCUGCGGUCCCCGCUGCGAUGGCUCGACACCGUGCCCCUUGGCCGAAUUCUUAACCGGUUCACAUCUGACAUCUACAUCCUGGACUGGAGACUCGGCUAUGAUAUUGGGCAUUUUGUGUACAAGGUGUUGGAGCUUGCCGGUAUACUCGCAGCAGGUGUACUGGUGUCCCCGGCGCUGUUGGUCUUUGCCUGUGUCCUACUGGUCCUGUGCCUUCGACUUUCCAAGACAUAUCUAACCGGGAUGCGCGAAAUCAAGCGACUCGAGAGUACCGCCAAGAGCCCUGUCCUGGAGCGGUUUGGUUCCAGCCUUGUUGGGCUCACCACCAUUCGAGCCUUCAGCAAGGCAGAGGUCUAUAUUCAAGAUAUGUAUGGGCGGAUCGACCGCCAUGCGCAGGCCGCGUGGUACCUCUGGCUCUUGGAUCGCUGGCUAGCAUUUCGAAUGAGUAUCGCGGGCGCCGUGCUGUCUGCGAUGACAGCAGCCCUGGUUGUAUACGUUCCCAGCAUCUCUCCAGCUUUGGCAGGCUUCGCAAUGACCUUUGCUUUGCAGUACAACUACGCCGUGUCAAUGGGCCUGCGAUUCUACGCAAAUGUGGAGACGGACAUGAACGCCACUGAGCGAGUGCUAGAGUACUCUGCCAUCAAGACGGAGGAGCAAGGGGGUCAUAACCCUCCAGCCGCAUGGCCGAUGCGCGGGAAAGUCGAAGUCGAGGAUUUGGUCGUGGGCUAUGCACCCGAUCUGCCGCCCGUGAUUGACGGUCUCAGUUUCACCAUGGAGAAUAACCAACGAGUGGGCGUUGUCGGGCGCACAGGGGCUGGGAAAUCCUCACUAACACUGGCAUUGUUUCGCUUUCUUGAGGCCCGACAGGGUCGCAUACUGGUUGACGGGUUGGACAUUUCGCAGAUCAAGCUCCAAGCACUACGCAGCCGCCUUGCUAUCAUCCCUCAAGACCCGGUGUUAUUUUCAGGGACCCUGCGAUCCAACUUGGAUCCAUUUCACGAGUAUACCGACCUGGAACUCUACAACGCUCUGGAACGGGUGCAUCUCAUCUCGUUUGAGGAUACAUUGACACUAGGAUCACAGUCGGGUAGCGAGCGGCUCAGCGACAGCAGCACCUUGCCAUCAUCAUCGUCCUCCACCUCCUCGACUGCUGAGCCCAUAAAGCCAAUCAACUUUUUCUCCUCCCUGUCGUCAGUCAUAUCCCAAGGUGGACUCAAUCUCUCCCAGGGGCAACGACAACUUCUUUGCCUUGCGCGAGCCAUCGUCUCUCAGCCUAAGAUCAUGAUUUUGGACGAGGCCACCUCUGCCGUGGACAUGGAGACGGAAACUCUGAUCCAGCGGUCUAUCCGAGAAGAAUUUGGACGCAAUGCUACGUCGCUGCUCGUGAUUGCACACCGACUCAGUACGGUUGCGGACUUUGAUCGGAUUCUUGUGAUGGAUGCCGGCAAGGCUGUGGAGUUUGGCACGCCCCAGGAGCUGUUGGAAAUAGAGGGAGGUGUGUUUCGCAAUCUGGUAGAAACCAGUGGGGAGAGAGCCCAUCUAGAGAAGGUUAUCAAGGGAGAUGGAGAUAACGAAUCUUGAGCUAUGAUCUUUGUCUCGCUAAGCACGGCAUUUGGGUGGAUUUUGUGGACUAUUAAUAUGUACAGUGGAGGUGGCUUUUGCUGGCCAUCUUUGUCCCGGCGACACUGUACGAGAGUGCCUGGCGCCAUAUCCUUUUUUAUAGAACAGUUAGCGACCCAGAAUGUAAUUGUGGUUCUUCU